AUGUCGCAGUUCUCGUGCUCUUUUGCCGUGCACUGUACCAGUGAGUGUGACGUAUCAACUAGAUACCCCCAUCGUACACAGUUUUUUCCUUUGAAUUCUUGCGUCAGUGAUGUAAAGGCGCACUUGAGAGAAUUGCAAACAACAAAAUCAUGUGUAGCCUCUGAGAGAGCGCUGAUACUUGCUCGUGUCGGUUUGUUUGACAAGGAGGGUAAGGAUAUGGUUAUUUGCCAAAAGCAUCGCGUUUUACUUGGAGCAAAGUAUUGUCCUUCAAGAAAAUGCCAGCAUCCGCUUCAUGGUCGCUGUAACGGUAAAGUAUCCAGAGGGGUGAACUUGAAAAUGUCGAAAGAGAUAAAGGAAACGUGGGACGUUUUGGUUCCCGUAGGCUCAGGUAUGCAUGAUCACUGAAGGUAUAUACGGUACUUAUACAUGCUUUGAUUUCUUGAUGAUUUCGCCUCAUGUAAGGGAAUCAAGACAGGAUACCAAUCACUGUAUUCCAGUAUUUGUCAGUGGAACUUAGGUUCUUUUUCAAUCAUUAGUGGGAUUCCGGAUUCCACUAGCAAAAUUUUCUAGGAUUCCGGAAUCCGGAUUCCCUUACAUGGGGCAAAUGAUUGACUAAAACACAAGUUUAGUCAAUUGUUUUAUUAAUAUAUACACAAGUGGGAAAGGAGUGUUUUUUUUCUUUCUUUUUUUUGUGGCGGGGGUGGAGGGAAGGAUGGAAGAUCUUGUAAGAAAUUAAUUAUGAGUUAUAGGGUAUGAUAUUUAUUUCGCAAAAGAAUAACAAACAAACAAACAAAUAAGCGAUUGUGUGGUGAAUUUUGAUCUACAAGAGUUUUAAUCUAUUUUGAAAUUUACCAGGUCAAUUUCCUCUUCCGUUGUUUUCCUUUUUGUAUCUUAGCUAGUUACGUUCUAACGGUAGCCCAUAGUUAUAGGUUCCUGCUUCUAAUCGAUCAUUUUUCCCCAGGAGGGGCGGGGGAUAGGGCAAUUCUCUCAAAAGCUACAGUGACUAUACAGAUUUUUUUUUUUGCGAAACCUCAAGGCCAGGCCUUUUAAUAUAGAGCCCGGUGUCAAUUAAGAAUGAGUGUUCUAGAACGGGGCGUGAAAAUGAGCGCCUCACUGAAAAAUUAUCAGAUUUUUGUUUAAAAUCGGCACUGGAACUGCCGCUAAUUAUACAUUUAGUGGUGGCCUACGCUGGCCUACCACAUCGCACGGACUUCUAGUAUUAUCUACAGCACUAAUCACUAAUACUUCCAACAGGGUCAAAUUUACAACCCCAAUUUCAGAAGAAGAGGUUUCUGUUUCCACAGAUAUAUGUUUUUUUUGAAGACGGGGCCCUCUGGGGCCCUCUUUUGACUAGGAAUGGCGGCACAAACCUAUUUAGAAUCUAGCUUGGUAAAGUCCCUCCCUCUAGGAAAUAUUAGAAUGCCUUAAUGGAUGCAGGCAAGCCGUUUAUUGCUUGGGAAAAGUUCCAAACAGUUUGUUCUAUCCAGCCUGUUACCACAAACUAACAAACCAUAAUGCUACCAAAACUCAUUUUAGGUUUAUUCUUGUACGCAGGGGUUUGUAGACAAUGCCGUGGUGACCAUCUAAGAACUGUAGGUUCUACUGACGCGGAUUCCGAAGUACAAGAUUCCGGACUGGCUUCCACGUCUCACCCAGAGCCUCAGAUUCACGAACCUUCAUGUUCUACGGAGUCCGCAGAGGAAAUAGUAGAGCCACCACAGUUACUACCGCCUGCUACAGAAGAAUCGGAACAAUUGUCUGCUGCCCCUGUCCUUAACGUAAGAUUCCAAGAAGAUCUCAUUAGUGAGGUAAGUUCUUCUUCGGCAAUGUGUGAAUGAGUUUACUGAUUUCAAAGGGGCGGGACGUUUGCGUCACUUGCUUUGUAAUUGUUGUCAUAAACUACUGAUCUUUAGAACAAAUCAGGAAAGGAGGGAGAGGGGUCGUUGUUACUUGAUGUAUUGGGCAUAAUGUUGGUUCUCACACUAAUUUGCAUAGACUUUGAAUAAAAUCGGAAUUCGUUAAAAUUGGUUGUUAUACUGAGAGUCACUGUAUGGUUGAGUCAUAAAAUUGUCCCCUCUCAAAGAAUGCCUGUCUUCGAGUAUGCUUUGCGGUCGUGGUUUGGAAUGUUGCUCACUCUUAUUUAUCGAACUUCAUUUGAAGCAUAGAGCGCGAAAUUUAAUAAAAUAUAAUAAUCAAUAACUCGUAACAAUUACUAUUCAAAGCUCAUUCUACUCCUGUUAUUAAUCUUAGAGAAGUUUGAGCAGAUUCAUAUAGCGUUCAUAAACAAAGCCAACGGGCGCAAAGCAUACCGGCCAACAGGAAUUCUUUAAUGUAAAACUUGUGCACCCUGACUAUACGGUAAUAAUGCCAAACUGAUGGAAUAAUCAGAUAUUUCCUAGAUACAGCUUUUUUCUUUUCCAGCAUAGCGAUCGCGACUCAGACCCCAGCGACCGCCAUUCAGAGGCUUUGUCGCGGACGUCGUCUGGAUCCCAGGAGUCUCUUGGCGCAGCAGAGACGUCGGCAGAAUGGCAGCCCACCCCUCAAAUACAGCACCGCCUUUACUACCUUAAUAAUUUCCUCAGAAUGGCUACUGAAGGAAGGGUCAGCCCGGUGAGGUCACAGUGCCAAUGUGACGUUCUUACUAUGACAUCCAGAACCCAGCGCUACUACCGGAAAAAAGCGGAGCAGGCUAUCGAAGGCGUGCUUGAAUCCAUUGCCCCUGGCAACGCCUCCUGGCUCUACCACCAAGUCAUGCAACGGCGGAUUCGUUUACAAGCGGCCGAGGGUAUAGUCGAAUACACGCUGGUUGCCAGACUGGUGAUUCUGUAUGAGGAAGCCGCCUAUUGGUACACGAGACAGCAGAUGCUGUCGCUUUUCGUGAACGACUACUCGAAGAGCGAGCUAUUGGCUUUGAUUCCGGGUCUCUCAAAAUGGAGAAUCGACGAGGCAAGGAAGCACGCUUUCCAAACUAAGCCCGGGCAACCCAUUGACCCACCAAGGAUCAUCAGAUGCCGUUUGGAUGCUGUGAAAGUUGACCACUUUCUUGACUUCUUGUCCAGUCCAUCAGUUCUUCAAGAUGUGGCAUAUGGCACCAGAACUCUUAAACUGGAGAGCGGAGAGAGCUUAGAAAUCCCGAACAUGGUGCGCACAGUUAUAUCCUCCCACCUAGUGCGCGUGUACCUGAACUUUUGUGUAGAGUCUAAUUUUGAGCCUCUCGGACGCUCCACGCUCUUCAAUAUAAUCAAGGUACGGAUUAUAAAACGUUCGUAAAGGACGAAUUUUGAUCAGGGUUAAUUGUAGUUGUAGUAGUGGUGUAGUAGUAGUAAUGGUUUGCAUUUAGGAAUUAGUUUGAAACCAAAGCAUUUUUGUUUCUCUUCAGGUUUGUGGGGCUUCACUAAAGAAAUCGUUAGCCGGUCUUGAUAGCACUCAGACAGAUGGGGUACAGGCGCUCGCCACUCUUGAAGACAUCACUCAUCAACUCAAACAAGCCGGUGAGAUACAAACACCUUCCAUUAUUACUGUAGGUGCACGAGUUGUCACAACUUUUAAUAAGCUGACGGAGUAUCAAUAUUUAUUAUUGUGUGUAUUUUUUCUAUCACAGGACUGGAUAGCACAAUGGCCGAUAACAUUCUAAUACGACUCAAAGUAGGUCGGCAGUAUCUGAAGACGGAUUUCAAGAUCCACACAGCCAGCGAAUCCCCGUGCGCAGAUCACUGCAGAGUUUUCGCCCUCAGUAGGACAGAGAAAGAGUACAACGGUCAGUGCCAACAUCAGCAUACCAUCACCUGUGACCGGUGCGAAGACCUGAAGAAUGCUGUCUCAGAUCUGCAACUAGCGUUGGAUUCAGGUGAAGUACAUCUAAGGUAAGAACAUCUUUGUGACAGAAAAGCAGAGUUUAGCAUUUAUUGUCAACUAACAACCUAAUCCCCAGGGCGCUUUAUAUGAGUUUAGAAAUUUUAAAUUGCUUUGGGUGGUUCUAAACCUAAUGAACAUAUGUUUUAAAUGAAACGCAAUUUACGAAAAAAGUGAGAGAGGCAUUAUUACUUUUUGAUAAAACGGCUCCAAAGAAAAAUUUCUGACGCUAUCGCGCCGUGAUGUUGACAAGCUCUACUCUUUCCCUUUUUAGUCCUAAUAAACGAGAGGAGUUAAAGCAUGAUUUGAGCUGCGCUGCGCCGAGCAUAGAAGAUUGGAAGUCGCACGUUCUCCGUUCAGUUCACCAGGAUGCGGCCAAGAGCCUGAAACCAUCACAGGUGCUGCUAAUAAUGGACUGGGCGAUGAAGUUUAUUCCCACCAGCUUUAACGAAACGCAGUGCGACUGGUUUCGAAAGAAGGGGAAGUCCUGGCAUCUCUCGGUGGCCAUCACUAAAGCAGAAGAUGGAACAAUUGAGGUAGAAAUCACGUUCCUUCUCUUCUGUCUUUAUCGCUCACUGACCACUAUAAACUAGUUUCUCGUGAGCGCGGUCUUUGUUGCGCUAACCGAUUGCAAAAUUGGAUAACUGAUAAGAAUUCCAGGCCGAGAAAAGACGCGAAAGCUUAAAUUCCUAAUAGUGAAUUUCAACAUUUCAUUGCUUUCGGCUCUUAUAUAAAGAUAAAACGUUGGCGACGCACGUAAGCGCGCGCAAAAGAUCAUGGGACGGAAUACAUUUUUAAUCCAAAUAAAAGUCCAUAAACAUUCUCGAAAAAAGCAGACCUUCCCGGGUGUUAUCUCUGUUUCAAGUCAAAAUGCGCAGGUUAAUACUCCAUUAGCCCUUGACUGUGACCAGGUCCCUUGGCGCACUAUUCAUGGUAAAAAAUGCUUUACUAUUAUGAUUUUCAGACACUUACAUAUAUCCACUUAUUUGAUGAAUGCAAUCAAAACUGGUUCAGCGUUGCCUCCAUCAUCGAAGAUUCACUAACCACCAUGAAGCGACAGAAAUCUAGACUGAAUGAAACUUUCCUGAGAUCUGACAACGCAAGCUGUUAUCACUGCGCAUUUCUUCUUCUCAGUCUUCCAAGCCUUGGACAGCGAGUUGGUGUCCGCAUAGCUCGUUAUGACUUCAGUGAGGCCCAAGCUGGGAAAGACGUAUGUGACUGCCGAGCCGCCGCCUUGAAGAGCCACAUUAGGCGCUACAUUAAUGAAGGCAAUGACGUCAAGACAGCAAGUGACAUGAAAGCUGCUAUUGACUCGCACGGGGGCGUCAAAGGCCGCUACUCAGUGAUGUGCAAGGUUGACGAAAGGUCCCAAAACAUGACCAAGCACUCGCUGAGUGGCAUUAAGUCUUUGAACAACUUCGUGUUCACUGAAAGUGGAGAGAUGAUCGCUUGGCGGGCCUACAAUGUCGGACCCCCGGAAAGGUCUUUUCCGCGUCGUCGCUAGCGCGUCACGGUAACCCUCAAGGCCCGACAGACUUACAAUUUCUCCAGGCAUUCAAUAGUCCUGACAUACUGACUGGUGUCUUCCGUGCAUCUUCCAGCACGCAAGAACAGCAGCCCGCAGCACCUCCAACGGACCCUAUAGCCGUAGAACGGAUUCAGCUUGAAGAAGAAGAGCGUGUGGCCUUUGGCUGCCCAGAGGAGGGUUGCAUAAAAGUUUACCAAAGUCACAGCAGCCUUCAGCGUCACGUUGAUGCCCGGAACCACCUUCUCGCGUUAGAGAGAGAGUCCACGUACGACGUGAUAACGAAAAAGGGGGCAGAGACCUGCAAGUCAAUUUCUGGUAGCUACGUGAGAACAGCUCAGCCGCCCACAUCUGCAUCCGCCUCAGUUUCCCAUAGCCAGUCGGAAGACCCGCUGCCAACAGCUGACAUGGGCUGGGCAUUAAAAAAGACCAAGAAGUCCGUUCAUUUCACCACUAAAGUGCGCCAAUUUUUGCGUGAAGUCUUCCUUCAAGGAGAGGACACAGGGAAUAAAGCAGCAGCUGAGGAUGUAGCAGCACGAAUGAGGUCCGUGCGAACCGCUGAGGGAACGAAGGUAUUUGCCAAAGACAAGUGGCUGACAUCUACCCAGAUCUCCGGACAUUUCAGAAGAAUGGCCUCAUUAAACAGGAGUGGGGGUCUUCAUAAAAGAGAGGAGGCGAGGCCAGCGCCAACAGAACCGGUACCCGAGGGAGGAGAAAGCGAAGAUGAGGAGAAAGACCCAUAUGUGGCUGAAGUUCCCAUUAUCAGAUCACGGUUUCAAAUCAGGAGGGAGCUAGAACUGUAA